AUGCGAUCGCGCAACAUCUUAGAUGUGUCAGGUGAAGCUAUGCGUUCCGAAUCGACUGCAACUGAGGAGGCUUCUAGCACAAUCCUCACAUUUCCGAGCUCUUUUAUUGAAGUCCCCAUCACCAGAACUUCUUCUACUGCUUCUGAUUCAUCUGCUGCGGUCCAUGGAUCGGUUGGACCAGCUGAUGAUGUGGCUCUUACCGAAACUGAAGUUGUUGGGACGACUGUUCAAGGUCCUUUAAUACCGACUUCCCGCACUGUCAUCAAGGUCAGGGCUCCGCGUGCUCUGAGACACGCCAAGCUGGAAGGGGCUGGAAGUGUGAUACAGGUUUCCGUUCCUCGACGGGUCUUGACCUUCCGACUGGAUUCACCGGCCAAACGCGCAGCCUUUCUUUACGAACUCAAAGACUUCUACGAACACGGUAGGACACCUUCAUACGUUCCAGAUGGCGGUACUGGAUUUACGGAGGCUGUUGUGGUCUACGGAAUAGGUCGCAAGGUUGAUUUAUCAUUGACCAGGGAUGUCAAUGAUUGGUGUGUUCGUGAAUUGCAAGGUGACGGUGACCCUGUGCCGUAUAAAGGGAUAGUGAGAUUUCACAGCCGAUGGUCGUGUUCUGCUAGGUCCGGCCGAGAUCAUGCUUUGGAGCUCGUCAAUGCUCACGCAUAUGUGGCAACCAUGCUUGAAUUAUUCAAGGCCCGUUUGCGCAAAUUAUGGCACGACCAAGAAGUCCGGGAGUUCCAGGAGUGGUUUUUACGCUCGUAUAAUUUACACGUUCAUCGCGUGUUCUUGAUGCAGACCAUUGGGUCACUUGACGAUGACCUCCCCCGAUGGGUGAUGUGCGAAACUGCCCGGGACUCCAGCAGUAAGCGAUACGUGUAUCCGUCGUGCUUCAGAGACACUAUGCCACCUUCCAAUACUUGGAAGCAUUACAUAUAUGCCUUUAUACAUUAUGUUUACCAAAAGAGUGGUGGUGUUACUGUUAUUGGUCAAAUCGACUGUGACGAAACGGGAAACAUUUCCAGUGUGGUUUGCUUCAAUAAAGGGUCGUACCACUUGGAGAACCACGACUCGACAGAGCAAUUUUUUUUUGAUUUCAAAGCCGGUCAUAACAAGUGUAACCAGAUUUGCCAUGAACUUGGCCUUAAACCUUUGUCAGUGUGA